ACGACCGAAACUCUUAUUUAUGUCUCUAGAUCUCACGACCACAAAACUCUGUUUCUUAACUUUUGAUGUUUUUUUAGGUUUUCCCUCCUCUUUUCCCCCUGGAUCGACUGUAAAUUCUAAACUUGGUUUAUUCAAUUUGUUGAUAGUUAACUUAUAGGUUGAUACCAAUUAGAUAAUAAGGUGUAACUGGUUGCAGUUAUAUCGCUACAUUCGUUAACGGGUUCAGAAGAAAAAAAACCGAUCAGUCCUUUCCAAGACAAGGCUUUAUUUUUUUUAUCUAAGACAUCAAAGUUGUAAAUAAAUUUCAUCAACAACAGUAACUACCCUUUUCGUUUCAUUAUUGGAAUCAGUUCCAACUACCAUUAAACAUUGAAUCUGAUUUAAUCGUUAUUUAUUGAUUCAUUUGUGUUAUAUUACCCCCUAAUUUCAAACAUAUAAUCAUCAACUAUGGGAUUCCGAUUCACGCGCCCUUUCACUUCAAGGUAUAUAAAAGUGUCGAUACUAGUCAUAGCGUUGAUGAAUGUGUUCGUCUUCACUAUGCUAUUGUCUAAAAGAGAUCAAGUUCGAAGGAAAUCUUUCUUUCAUCAUACUCCUUAUAAACCACCAUCAUCAUCAUCAUCUGCAUAUUUACCAAAAUCAAAAACUUCCAGUAGUAAUUCUAAUUUUAUACCCAAAACUACCGGUAAGAAUGACAACCAUCUUCUCGAGGAUAUAGGUGCUUCUCAUAAACUAUAUGAUGUACCAACUGGUAUGGAAUAUACCGAUUUAAAUACCGAGAAUAAAAUCAAAUUCAAACUUAAUGAAGUGGCCACCAAUAAUGAAAAAUAUUGGUUAGCUCAUACUCAAUUAACUGAUUAUCAAUUAGAAAUUAGUCCUGACGAUUUCUUACAAAAUAAAUGGAUUGAUAAUCCUGCAUUAUUCUAUGAUCCAAGAUUCACUCUAUCAGUUUACAUUGAUGAAAUAAAAAGACAAUCUCAAGUACAGAAUCAACAACCACAAGAAGAUCAACACUCGAUAGUAUUACCAUUCCAUUGGAGUGAUUGGGUUGAUUUAACCAUGUUGAAUGAAGAAUUAACUAAAUCUGAUGAAUCACAUCGAAAGAAUUGUCAAUAUAUGAAAGCAGUCCAUCAUAUACCAGCUAGAGACCCAAAUUAUUGUCUUAAUAAUGAAGACAUUACUCAACAAGAUCUUGCUGAAAUGCAAUUACCAUCUACUAAAUUCAUACCUGGAUUUUCUAUAAAGAAAUCCCCUGCUAAUAAAGCUUCAAACGAAGUUCGAAUGUUAGAAGGGAAAUCUCAUUUAUUAACUUAUGCUGCAAAUCCUUUAAAUCUUAUAUUUUUAAAUAAAAAUGGAGGAGUUUAUGAAGUUAAACUUUCUGAAACUAAACAAAGAAUAGUUGAUGGUGAAAUGUAUAAUAACUUUUUGCAAUCUCAUAAUGUUGAACAACAAUCGAAAUUAACUUUGGAUCCAGUGGAAGAAUUUAAUGAUUUAUUGAAACUGGUUAAGCCUAAGGUUAUUGUUCACGAAGAGGAUAUAUAUGGAAUGUUAACUGCAAUGAAUCCUACUAAUCCAUCCGUAUCUCGAGAACUACAUAUUCCAGAAACUGCUUUCCAAUAUGGUUUUGAAGAUGUUAACCAACAAAUUGAAGCUUACGAAAAGAGAUUAAAUAAAUUAUUUGAUUUAACCAGUAAUGAAUUAAUCUUUGAUCUUGAAGAAAUUGAAAAAUUAAAAUUAUCCCGGAAAGAAAAGAUCUAUUAUGAUGGAUUAAAAUAUUCAACUAAUUUCGUCCCUAAGAAAGAAGAAACUUAUUUCAGAAUGGCAAGACUAAACUUUGGGAAUGAAGAAAAUGAUCAUGAUGCAGGAUGGCAUUAUGAAUGGAAGUUCUUUAAUGGUGCCUUAAGAUAUCUUAAACAAGAUUGGAAUCAACAAGAAUUACUUAUCCGUGAAACAGUUUUGCUUGAUCGAAUGCUAAGAAAUUGGUUUAGAUUUGCUAAUGAAAAGGGAAUUGUAAGUUGGAUUGCUCAUGGUCCAUUAUUAAGUUGGUAUUGGGAUGGAUUAAUGUUCCCCUUUGAUGAAGAUAUUGAUAUUCAAAUGCCAAUGCAAGAAUUAAUCCGAUUUUCCAAAAAUUAUAAUCAAACUUUAAUAGUAGAAGAUGUUACAGAAGGAUUUGGGAAAUAUUUAAUUGAUUGUUCUCAUUUCAUUCAUCAUCGUGGUAAAUCAUAUAAGGAGAAUCAUAUUGAUGCCAGAUUCAUUGAUAUUGAUACAGGUUCUUUCAUAGAUAUUACUGGUGUAAGUACCAGUGAAGAAAAGAAACCCAAAAAAUAUAAUGAUAUAAUAGAAGCAUUUAAACAGAAGCAAGUUCAACCUCAACCUGAACCCGAAAAUAAUGAUGGAAAAUCUCCAGAAUUAUCCAAACAAGAAUUGAAUAAAUUACCGAUUUAUAAUUGUCGUAAUUUACAUUUCUACUCUUAUGAUGAAUUAAUACCCUUAAGACUUUCUAUGAUUAGUGGUGUACCAACUUAUAUCCCCAAUAAAGUAAUUGAUAUCCUUGAAGAUGAAUAUCAAGUUGGUAUGGAUAGUUAUGAAUAUGAUGGAUAUUUCUAUAUUGAUGCUUUACAUUUAUGGAUUCAUAAGGAUAAACUUUUACCAUUAUUUACUAAAGAAGAAACUAAAAAGUUCACUUAUCAAAAGGAUGAGAAAGUUAAGAAAGUAAAAGGAGAUAAGACGUAUAAGACCAAAGCAUUAGCCAAACAAAUAAAUCAUAAAGGAGAUGUUAAUAUUGAAAAGUUUAUCAAAUAUCUUAAGAAUAACUUUGAUGAUGAAAAGAUCUUGAAGUUAUUAGAAAGUGACGAGAACGUCUUAUUGGAAUAUUAUUUAACCAAACAAGUUACAGAAUUACAUCAUCAAGAAUUAAGUUAUUUAUUUAAUGUGGUUACUUUUAAUACUGAUAAUUUCAGAAUAGAUCAAAUUAAAGAUCAAAAAUCUAAUAGUGAGAUAACAAACAAUGAAGAAUAUCAUCGCUUCACAUCGAACUUCAAGUUCCAAACACCAUUAAGACGUGCUUUGUUUAAUUAUGAGAAUAUUGAUAGACCAAGGCAUCAUCAUAUUAAAAGUUGAUUACAGUUUGCAAUCUGAUUUUUUUGCGGCUCUGCUGUGUUGCUCUUUUGUGGCUACAAACCAUUUUACAUACAAAAAUUUAAAGAGACAGGGGAUAUCAUUAUAUAUACCAAGUUCCAUAGCAGCAUCAGCUGAACGUUCGAUACGGUUUAACAUACUUGUAAGGAGGGGUAAGUAUACAUAUAGUUAAUAUAUAACCAAGUUAUAAUAAAUGGGCGAACGGCGUAACGGGCGGAGCAACGCAGAACCGAGCCGUACAAAAAGAACAAAGUGUAAUUAUAUGGGUGUUUAUGCAAAUUAAUUAGUUUCUAAUGAUAUGAAGUCACUGUGGAAGCAUAAUAUAAACUUUGUCAAAUCUCUUUGGAGUUGCAACUACCAUUACCAUUUACUUUUUAACCAUCUCUUCUAAUGCUGAAUAUAUAAUGACAAGUAUUACUUAACUUAUAUGAAUACAUAUCAGUUCAAUAAAAUCAAAUGUCCUU